AUGAGUGACCCACAACUUGAAACCGCGACAGAGAGCAAUCCCCGCGUCGUCACCCCCGAGGACGAGCGGCACUCCUCCCAACCCAGCCCGAAAUCCCCCAGCCCAGACACCCCGCGUCGCCGGCCACCCAAGCUCCGCCGCCGCCAGCAGCAACCCACAGGCGAACGUGAUCUCCCACCGGACACAGCAAGGCAGCCCACCGAAAGCAGCCAGGCCGUACAGCAGCCAGAACGGCAGCACUCAUCCGUCACCGACGCAGACGACGAGCAUGAGCACGGCAAUAAUACCUUUUCGUCUUCCGAGCCCACACUCUCCGAAGAUACCAGCUCGCUCAGCACCAGCCCAACACCAGCCCUAGAGCCCGGGCAAGCCCAGAACAGCCGGCAGCGCAUGGUGCUCGACCGAAGCGACGAGGGUCCUGGUGGACAAUCGCAACGUAUAACGCGGAUCCAUGGUUUCGGGGACACGGGCGGCGAGAUGGUGCGCAAUAUCCGGAGGCAGGGCAGGGCUGUCGGGACGGUGGGCAGGGCUCCUGGGGACGUGACGGACGUUACAGGGAGGAGUGUCGGUGGGAGGGAGGUGCAGGAGCGGCCCAAAAGUCGUAAUGAACAACUGAGGCUCAGGCUUGAUCUGAAUCUGGACUUGGAGGUGCAGCUGAAGGCGAAGAUAAGGGGGGAUUUGACGUUGCAGCUUAUGUAUGUUCUGGAUUUCUUCUUCCACCCGGAAACAUCUGUCCAUGAUACGUUAUGCAUGCAAGAAGUGAUUCUAACGGUUCUAUCUAUAGGAGUUGAGUCUUAUGACUGUUGA